AUGCGCGCCUCGCCAGCCCUCGAGGCCCCUCGUCCGGCCGCGCUCCCCGCGAACUCGCAGCCUGUUGCUGUGCCUCCUCCUCAGAUCCUUGCGCCGCCAGCUCCUUCCCCGGCUGUCUCGGCACCUGCUCCCGGCUCUCGUCUUCAUCUGCCGCCGGUUCCGCCCGUUGCGGGAGUGGAUUUUGUGGCCGCUGGUGGUGGCGCGGUGGCGGCUCUGAAUGCACUUCAAGUUGUUGCUGAUGAGCCACUUCAGUUCCUGGCAGAGGCUCUUCAGCCUCCGCAGACCCGCGUUCCCGAGGCGACUCUCGGACAGCUUCACCGCCUCGCUGACAGUCUCCACGCGCUGCUGCUGAUUCAAGUGCUGGCCCACUCGUCUCUCCCUGUGAUCCCUCCUGAGACCUUCCGUGGCCGCGAGCGUGACACUUGCCUGGAUGCGGCGGACCAGCUCGCAGUGUUGCUGGCGCCCGUGCUGGCUGCGCCCGCGGAGGGUGGUGCUGCUGCUGCGGGACAGCUUGACGAGGCUGUCCGGGGCCUGAGGCGGCACUUGCGCGCAGGGUUUGGAGCCGCGGCGAUCGGCGCAAGCACGCUUGUGAUCCGGGAGCUAGAAGGGAAGGGGAUAGGGGGAAGCAGAGAAGGGGAUGGGGGGAAGCAGGGAGCGGGAUGGGGGGAAGCAGGGAAGGGGAUGGGGGGAAGCAGGGAAGGGGAUGGGGGGAAGCAGGGAGCGGGAUGGGGGGAAGCAGGGAAGGGGAUGGGGGGAAGCAGGGAGCGGGAUGGGGGGAAGCAAGGAAGGGGAUGGGGAGAAGCAGGGAAGGGAAUGGGGAGAAGCAGGGAGGGGGAUGGGGGGAAGCAAGGAGGGGGAUGGGGGGAAGCAAGGAAGGGGAUGGGGAGAAGCAGGGAGCGGGAUGGGGGGAAGCAGGGAAGGGGAUGGGGAGAAGCAGGGAAGGGGAUGGGGGGAAGCAGGGAGGGGUAUGGGGGGAAGCAGGGAGGGGGAUGGGGGGAAGCAGGGAAGGGGAUGGGGGGAAGCAGGGAAGGGGAUGGGGGGAAGCAGGGAAGGGAUGGGGGGGAGCAGGGAAGGGGAUGGGGGGAAGCAGGGAAGGGGAUGGGGGAAGCAGGGAGCGGGAUGGGGGGAAGCAGGGAAGGGGAUGGGGGGAAGCAGGGAAUGGAUGGGGCAGCAGGCAGUAGCUCCUAG